GUACACGUUUUCGCGUUUAAAACUUCAGCUUCAACCUCGCUAAUAAGUUUGAUGAAGUUGUAGGUUGAGACGAUUGAAGAGAAUCCUCGUAAUAAACGUUCUGACUCCGGUUCAAGUGUAGUCCCGAAAUUUAGCAAGGCCAUUGAGCCUGUCCAAGUCGUAAAGACCUUCCUUUCGAGGUUCAGCAUAAAAAACAGACUCUGCGUGAUAUUAAUUAAUUUCAAGCGUUUGUUGUAUUUAAUGAGCAGAAAAGCGGCUUCAAAACAAAUUAAAAUGAACGAACUUUUUAACAAAUCAUGAAAUCAAUCAUUAAUUUUGUCAUGUUACUAAUUGUUGUUUUUUUUAAAAGUUUGUAGUAUUGCACUGAAGAGGAGCUUAGCAUUUAAAUAAGCCCGGAAUGCAUAUGAGAAAACAAUAAAAGAAGUGUCUAACCUAAAAGCUGUAAUGAUAGUCUACCGAAUUUAAUAGACAUUCGGAUUAAAGGGACAUACAUUCAUAAAUUUAUAUCACUUAUCUAGUUUCCUAAAUCUCAAAUCUAGGCGAAAACAAAAAGAAAUAGAUUUAAAUGAGAAAAAUAGAUGCUAAAGUCAAAGUACUGUUCAACAAGUGCUAUAGACGUCGAUGUUUUGAUUUAAAGUAAAGUCGCGGCCGAUAGUACCCGUCGUUGCCACCAAGAGCGGUAACGGCCACUCUAUGUAGUAUAUUCUAGCUCGUUGAUUCUAUCCAACAACUUAAACAAUCAGAAACGUCUUUUUUUUCUAUGUUGCCACCAAGGCAUCUCUUUGGUGGUGGUACCACCUUGUAGUGAUAUCGGACCUUCUCGUCCUCCCUCUCCGGGGGUUUCGUCGGGGCAGAUGCGAUCUAUCCAUCGACACAGGCUAACAAGGGGUCGUUAAGACCGGGGAAGAAAACGCGGAAAGAAGGAAUUUUUGGGAGAGGAAUUCGGGACACGAGAGGGAGAGGGAGUGCAAGUAGUGGUCUCUGAGACGAAAUAAAGUUUUUUUUUGUGGAAAUAUUGGACUAGCUGGUUAAUUGGUGAGACGAACCGACGGGGAGGAAUCCGCUGAUCACGAACGGGUUCCCUACAUUGGCGCAGCCGACAGGAUAGUGAAGUCAGAUCGACAGGAUUCGAUCUGUGAAGAGAGUGAUUAUGAGCCAGAAUAAGAAGAGUGGAUCGGAACCGAGCGGAGUGGGUAAUUGGGCACAGCACUAAGGUUUCAGGAAUAUACAAGGUUUACACCAGAGAAGAGGUAGGAAAAUUUUGUACUUGUCGGAAACGAAAUUCACGGCGGGAUGCUAAGCAUAAAGGGAGUUAAGAAGGAAGAUCUACGGAUCGUGGCGGAAGAGCUUUGUGGCACAAUAGACGAUAAUCUGAGGGUAUCGGAGUUAAGGGAACUUAUUACGAAAAGUGAUGAUUUUGCUUGUGACCCAGAUUUUGUACUGGAGAUUUUGACUUCCACUGUUGAGGAAAGGAAACGGAAGGAGGAACAAGAGAGCCUAAAAAGGGAACAAGAGAGGCUAGAAAGGGAACGCCAGCACGAGUUAGAGCUGGCGCGGAUUAGCGCUACUAUUCAAAGCAGGGCGAGUAACGGUAGUCCCAGCUUUACGGACAGCCAUCCGGGUGAUGGGCCCGCCGGGAGUAUUGAGAAAUUGAUUACGAGCGUGAAAACGUUAACAUUGCCAGUCCCAACUAAGUCCGAAAAUUGGAACCUAUUUUUCGUAUCUAUAGAGCGAGCGUCCCAAUCGAAGAAUGUGCCGGAAGAGAUGAAAUCUGAGAUACUGAUCAAUAUUCUGGGAGAAAAGACCGCAAACAUUUUGAUUUAUAUAACCGGAGACGAGUUAACGGAUUACUCAAGCGUGAAGAAAUUAGUGUUACGAGAAUACGAACCGUCCGCCCAAUGCUGCCUGGAAAAUUUUCGGAGUGCUAGGCGUAGGCCCGACGAGACUCACAUGCAAUUUAUGUCGAGAAUAGCGUCGUCUUCGGAAUACUAUUGCGAGUUGAGGAGAGUGAAGGACUUGGAAAGUUUAAAACGAUUAAUCGUGGCGGACAGAUUAUUUCAGACGUUGGAUGUCGACACGGCGGCCCAUAUAAGCGUUCGUCAGGGCGAGGGGUGGUUUAACCCUAUUAACAUGGCGAGAGAGUGCGACCUAUAUUUUGAAAGCAAGGGAAAAUCUAUAACCGAGACGUACAACGAGUCGUGAGGAUCGCGGCGUCUUCCAGAGUGCCAGGGUACUGGCCGGGAGUGCGAUCCCCCACCACUGAGGGAUGAGGGACAGAAAGACACACUCAACUAUCGUCAGGAAAUGAAACGGGGGGAGUGCUUCAUCUGUGGAUCAACGCAACAUAUUUCUAGAUCCUGCCCGCAGAAGAUAAGGGAUACAUCCAUAAACGAUAGUCGCACUCAACCCUCGACCGGUCGGAGACGGAACGACGUUGCGUUAGUGGGGAGUGUGAGGUCGGAACACUUUGACAAAAAAACUAGCAGCCAUUUGAAGUCAGGCCCUAGUAUUCAAUGUUUACAAUACGUUACGGUCAACAUAGGUGGGCAAGAUACCGAAGCCAUCGUAGAUUCAGGCACCCAAGUCCCAGUCUUGCGCCCCGAAGAUGUUACCAGCUCGAAUGACGGGGACUGGGGAACAAUAAUUUUGAGCCCAGCGUUUGGGGAAGAGAUUAAGGCACAGACAGUAAAGGUCCCUAUGGCUAUUAAAGACCGUUGCAGCCAAACUUUAUUAUCCCCCGUAGAAGUCACGGUGGCACUGACCGAGAAAUUGAAGGGCCCUCGUCUCUUGCCGCCUGGUAUUUUCAAAGUGUUGGAAGGACAAGCUGGCGUGUACAGACUUCCUCACCUUCGUAAUCGUGGGAGUGGAACAGCUGGUCGUGAACCAACUGAUUGGGACCGAAACCGGUACUCGGAUACGAGUGAUCGAUAUGUGGGUCUUCACGAUAAAGCAUUGUUUCAGAGGACCGAUAGUCAUAAUAGAAGCUAUCCGAGCAGAAAAGGUUCUGGUGGUCGGAAAUACAGUGACCACAAAGAUUCUGGAAAUAUAAACAAUUGGGAAAGCAAU